AUGGGCAGGAGCUGCACUGUCCAUUGGAGCUCUGAAAAACCACCUGUCACUGGAUCUAUCAAACACUGUAAAGUCUGGCUGUCAGCUAAAACAAAUGUGUGUUGUUCCCAGAUUGUCUUCUACGAGGACAAGAACUUCCAGGGCCGCCGCUAUGAGUGCGACAGCGACUGCUCAGAUUUCCACACCUACCUGAGCCGCUGCAACUCCAUCCGGGUGGAGAGUGGGGCCUGGGUGGUGCAUGAGAGGCCCAACUACAUGGGCUACCAGUAUGUCCUGACCAGGGGGGAGUACCCGGAGUACCAGCGCUGGAUGGGACUCAACGACCGCCUCAGCUCCUGCAAGAUGAUCCACUUUACCAGUGGGACCCCGUACAAGAUGCAGCUCUAUGAGAAGGCAGACUUCGGGGGCCAGGCCUUCCAGGCCACAGAGGACUGUCCGUCCCUUCUGGAGAAGGUCCGCUGGAGGGAGGUCAACUCCUGUAAGGUCUUCGACGGCUGGUGGGUUUUCUACGAGCACCCCAACUACCGUGGGCGCCAGUACUUCCUGGAGAAGGGGGAAUACCGUAAGCCUGGCGACUGGGGAGCUGUCAGUCCUAUGGUCCAGUCCUUUAGGCGCCUCACUGAAUGAGUUACCCUCC